AUGCAUGAAAAGAAAACACAAUCUGUAUUGCUGGGACCAGAGGAAACAAUAGAUGAUGUUAUUCGCUAUGAAGUUAAAGAAAUCGGCACUCAUAUUUUAGUUUGUGAAGUCAAUUACAAUACUCUUGCUGGAUUUCCACAAAAUUUUCGCAAAUUUUUUAAAUUUCAAGUACUUAAACCACUUGAUGUAAAAACCAAGUUUAUUAAUGCUGAAAUGGAUGAAUGCUAUUUAGAGGCGCAGAUACAAAACAUAACAACUGGACCCUUUUGUUUGGAGAAAGUGGAAUUAGAUAGUUCAGAACACUACACUGUUACUUCUUUAAAUACUCUGCCAAAUGGAGAGUCAGUGUUUUCCACAAAAAAUAUGUUGCAACCAAACAAUAGCUGUCAAUUUCUUUAUUGCAUUAAGCCAAAACCAAGUAUUGCGAAAGAUAUCAAGGAACUUAGACAAGCGAGUGCUGUGGGUAAACUUGAUAUAGUUUGGCGUUCGAAUCUUGGCGAAAAAGGUCGCUUACAAACAAGUCAAUUGCAGCGUUUACCUUUUGAAUAUAAAGAUGUGCGUUUAGAAAUCAUCGAUGCAGAGAAUAUUGUUAAAAUAAGUGAACCUUUCACUUUUCAAUGCCGCGUAACAAAUACCACUGAACGUCCGAUGGACCUCGUAGUUAAAUUGGAGACAAAACUAAGUAAUAAGUGUGAUUAUACUGGAAGUGCACAGUUUUCAAUAGGAAAUUUAGAUCCAGGGCAGAGCAAUGAAUUCCCUUUAACUAUAUGUCCCAAUAGGCUGGGUCUUAUUAAAAUAUCUCCACUUAUAUUAAUAAAUAAGUUAUUGCAGGAAAAGUACACAAUCGAUAAGGUUGUAGAUGUGUUUGUUGUUGAUGCGGAUUACCAUGAAGAUAGCACAUUCCAAAUAAAUAAAUUUGUACGUUACGACAAUGCGCUACAAGUACUUUCAGAAGAACAAUCAUUAAGUUUACAAGUUGUCUGAAAAGUGAUUUGUUUAAAGAUAUUUAAAAAAUUUUGAAUCGUUUUUGAUUAUA